AUGGCCCUGGCCGCUCCGCCGGCAAACGAUCGCAAGCGCGUAAAGGUCUAUGAGCUGAAGAGCAACGACUGGUUCGACAGAGGCACAGGCUUCUGCGUCGGAUCCAUCGUCAACGACGAAGCGCGAAUAUGCGUUCAAUCCGAAGAUGAACCCGAUCGCACAUUGCUCGAGACCAAAAUAUCGAAGGAUGAUGGAUACCAGAAGCAGCAAGACACUCUCAUCGUAUGGACGGAACAGAAUGGAACCGACAUGGCGCUCAGUUUCCAGGAGCCGGAAGGUUGUGGUGCCAUAUGGGAUUUCGUCAGUGAUGUACAGCAGCGUCUUGGAGCGGCAGGACCGGGGGGACCAGACGAUGGUAUCUCCGACGACGCGAUAGACAACCUCAACCCGAUAAUGCUCCCCCCGCCGGAACUUGGCCUGUUACCGGACAUCGAGAACAUGAUGCGCGCAGCCAACAGCAGUCCACCAGGCCGAGACGCGCUGGCAAAAUUCAUUGUGCGGAUGGACUAUAUCGCCAAGCUGGUCCCGCUUGUCGAGCUGGCAGAGGACCUCGAGAGCCUUUCGGACCUUCACCGUCUCUGCAACAUCAUGAAGAUGCUCAUCCUGCUCAACGACACUUCCAUCAUCGAAUACGUUGUUACGGACGAGGUUAUCCUAGGGGUCGUAGGUGCUCUGGAAUAUGACCCAGACUUCCCCAGCCACAAGGCAAACCAUCGCCAAUACCUCUCCGACGACAGUCGCUUCAAGGAGGUUGUGCCCAUAGAAGACCCCAACAUAAGAAAGAAAAUCCACUAUACAUACCGGCUGCAGUACCUAAAAGACGUCGUCCUUGCCCGCAUACUCGACGAUCCCACAUUUGGGGUCCUGAAUUCUUUGAUCUUUUUCCACCAAGUCGACAUUGUUACGCAUCUUCAAGGCAAUGCAGCAUUUUUGCGGGAGUUGUUCGGCAUUUUCAGUCCCCAGGUUAUGGACGCACAGCGGAAGAAGGAUGCGGUCCUGUUCAUUCAACAAUGCUGCUCGAUUGCAAAAAGCCUCCAGGCAAAUGCUCGGACACAACUAUACACUAACUUCAUAUCCGGUGGACUUUUCACUGUAAUCACAUUCGCACUGCGCCAUCAAGAUGCCUCCGUGCGAAUAGCGGGCACCGAAAUUCUCGUGGCGUUGAUCGACUACGAUCCGUUGAUGAUGCGGGGCCAUAUCUUCAAAGCCAUCAACGAGAAGACGAAGCCGUUGACCGACACCCUUAUCGAGCUGCUUCUGGUUGAGACUGACCUUGGCGUCAAACAUCAGAUGGCGGAAGCUAUCAGGGUCCUGCUUGACCCGAAUGCAAACUCUGCGUCGAUGGAGACACUGGGACGCUCAAAUAGCGACUUCCUGAUGAAGAUGCGAGGCGGACCGCCCACUGGACCGCAAACAGACAGUUUCAUUCAGAGCUUCUACGAUGAAUCGGCGAAGAAGCUCUUCCAGCCCCUUAAGGAUCUUGAGGGUCGAGAGUCUAUGGAGAAUCUGAACAUCCAGGAGGUUACGCUAUACUCACAUCUCGUUGAGAUGCUGUGCUUUUUCAUCAAGAACCACGCCUUCAGAAGCAAAUUUUUCAUCCUCUCCGAAGGCCUUCACUCGCGGGUAGCGCAGCUCAUGGCGUGUCCAGAGAAGCACCUCAAACUCACUGCACUCAAAUACUUCCGCAACUGUAUAGGUCUCCAGGACGAAUUUCACAAUCGACAAAUCACGACGAAUCGCCUAUUCGACCCGAUUCUCAAGAUACUUUUCGAUACGAUGCCUCGAGACAACCUCUUGAACUCUGUCUGUCUCGAAUUUUUCGAGUUCAUCAAGCGGGAGAACGUCAAAGCUUGUGUCACUCACAUCGUUGAGGAGUACAGAACGCAGCUCGAGAAUAUCACCUACGUCGACACGUUCCAGGGCCUGAUAUCGAAGUACGAGCAAUACAAGGAGCAGUCGUUCCCCACCCAGGAUGCGGACCAAUCCUUCACAAGCCAAGAGACCGAUACACCGAACAGAGGGAUAAUCAACGGUGGGCAAAGGUGGCAAGGCCUCAAAGAUACCGACGCCGAGGAAGAAGCUUACUUCAACGGCUCCGACAACGAAGACGAAGAGGACGAAAACAGAAUCCCUGACGUCAAACCUGCAGCAAACGGCGCUUCCCCAGUACGCCCUCUCGUGAACUACCCUGACGACGAGGAAGACGCCAUGGAAACAUUGCCACAGCGUACCCCUGCUAAGGAAUCGCAACCGGCCGCCGAGCCCUCAGACUCGCCGCAGCGAGAACAGACGCCGGUACCCCAAGCUCCGCCUCCAGAGCGCCUGGCGGAGAAGCGGCGGAGAGAGGAAGACGAGGAAGACGAGCUCGGCAAGCUGUCGACGCUCACGAAACGCCGCAGCUCAUCCGUCAGCAGCGCCGGCAGUACCGCUUCAAGUAACGCUUCCAACAGCAGCAAUAUACUCCGCCGGAAAAAGAGCAUCAACAGCGGCAAGGAUGGGCCGCCCAAGAAAAUCGCUAUCUCGCUCAGCAUGAAGGGCGCGACGAAUCAUGACAGUGCGGAGUAG